AUGGCCAACCGCAAGCGUCAGAGCACAGGCCGCGGCCCCAGCAGACACGAGGGGAGGCCCAAGUCGCUCAGCCUGCCUCCCGAGGCCACGCUCCCCGGGGACGCGCAGAGAGGCUUCAAGGCCCAGACCAGGUCUCCUGAGGAGAGGCCGAAGUGGCCCCAAGAGCAGGUCUGCAGCAGCCCCGAGAAGCCGAGGAAGCAGCAGCGCUCCGACCUCAAUGGGCCCAGUGACAACAACAACUUCCCGGAGACAAAGAAGGUGGCAUCGUUUCCGAGUUUCGUGGCCGUUCCAGGGCCCUGCGAGCCAGAGGACCUCAUCGAUGGCAUCAUCUUCGCCGCCAACUACCUGGGGUCCACCCAGCUGCUGUCGGAGCGGAACCCGUCCAAGAACAUCAGAAUGAUGCAGGCCCAGGAGGCCGUCAGCCGGGUCAAGAGGAUGCAGAAGGCGGCCAAAAUCAAGAAAAAGGCGAACUCGGAGGUCGACGCCCCGACCCUGACCGAGGUGGACCUGUUCAUCUCCACGCAGAGGAUCAAGGUGUUGAAUGCCGACACUCAGGAGGCCAUGAUGGACCACGCGCUGCGCACCAUCUCCUACAUCGCGGACAUCGGCAGCAUCGUGGUGCUCAUGGCCCGGCGCCGCAUGCCGCGCUCGGCGUCGCAGGACUGCAUCGAGAGCACGCCCGGGGCCCCCGAGGGCAGGAAGCAGUACAAGAUGGUCUGCCACGUGUUCGAGUCCGAGGACGCCCAGCUCAUCGCCCAGUCCAUCGGCCAGGCCUUCAGCGUGGCCUACCAGGAGUUCCUGAGGGCCAACGGCAUCAACCCCGAGGACCUGAGCCAGAAGGAGUACAGCGACGUCAUCAGCACCCAGGAGAUGUACAACGACGACCUCGUCCACUUCUCGAAGUCGGAGAACUGCAAGGAGCUGCAGCUGGAGAAACACAAGGGCGAGAUCCUGGGCGUGGUCGUCGUGGAGUCGGGCUGGGGCUCCAUCCUGCCCACCGUGAUCCUGGCCAACAUGAUGAACGGGGGGCCGGCCGCGCGCUCCGGGAAGCUGAGCAUCGGGGACCAGAUCACCUCGGUCAACGGCACGAGCCUGGUGGGGCUGCCGCUCGCCACCUGCCAGAGCAUCAUCAAGGGUCUGAAGCACCAGACGCAGGUGAAGCUGAACAUCGUCAGCUGUCCCCCGGUCACCACAGUGCUCAUCAAGCGGCCGGACCUCAAGUACCAGCUGGGCUUCAGCGUGCAGAGCGGAAUUAUCUGCAGCCUGUCGCGAGGGGGCAUCGCGGAGAGAGGGGGCGUCCGCGUCGGCCACCGCAUCAUCGAGAUCAACGGGCAGAGCGUGGUGGCCACGGCCCACGAGAAGAUCGUGCAGGCCCUGUCCAACUCGGUGGGGGAGAUCCACAUGAAGACCAUGCCCGCCGCCAUGUUCAGGCUCCUCACCGGCCAGGAGACCCCACUGUACAUCUAGGCCCGUCGCGCGCCCGAGGACGCCGCCCCCGCACGUGGACACGGGGCGCGUCCUUGUCGGAGGAGAGUCACAGGAGCCGAACUCUGUGGGACCCGCGUGUGCCGUGGCCGGGGCCGUGUGCCCGCUGUGACUGCCGGGGUGGCCUGUGUCCCCAUGCCGAGGGCGUGGCGGGUCCCCGAGGACGGUGGCAGCGGGAUGAGGCAGCCACCCCGGGGGCCUCAGGCGGCUGGCGUGGGCGCCGGCUCGGGAUGUCACGAUCGAGGUGUGGGGACGUGCGGCUGCUCACCGAGAAGGGACGAUGCGGGUCACACCGCUGCUCGACUUCUGGUGUGACAGGCCGCUCCUCGGACCGGAGGGCUUCCAGGUGGCCCGUGACCACACCUGCUGCCAUCCUCCCCUGUCCCCUGGUCGCCUGGACCUGCCUGGGCCCCCCGCGUGGGGCCUGCCCGCUCCCGCCCGGACAGCACAGCGACACGGGU